AUGGCUUCUCAAGAGAAACAACCCGUCAUCAUCGUCGGCGCUGGCCUGGCUGGCCUCGUCGCUGCUUUUGAACUCUCAGAGCGCAAAGUCCCUGUUCUGCUGGUCGAUCAAGAAAAUGAAAACAACAUCGGCGGACAAGCUUUCUGGUCGCUGGGUGGCUUAUUCAUGGUCGACUCUUCGUAUCAGCGAAGAAUGGGGAUCAAAGACUCCAAGGAGCUGGCCUACAGAGAUUGGAUGGGCUCAGCGAGAUUUGAUCGUGAAAAGGAGGAUUACUGGCCUCGUAAGUGGGCCAAGGCCUUUGUGGACUUUGCCGCCGAUGAGAUGGAGGAUUAUGUCAGGGCGAGAGGUCUCGGCUUCUUGAUGAAUGUUGGAUGGGCUGAGAGAGGUGAUGGUACUGCAGAUGGCCAUGGAAAUUCCGUCCCAAGAUUCCAUGUCAGUUGGGGUACAGGACCAGAGGUCGUCAAGAUUUUUGCAGACCCUGUCAAGAAAGCUGCAGAGAACGGCAUCGUCUCCUUCAAGUUCAGACACAGAGUUGAUGAGUUGAUCAUCGACGACAACGGACGUGCUGUUGGAGUACGAGGCACAAUCCUGGAAGAUGAUGAUGCUGCCCGUGGAGUCAAGUCGAACCGGGUCGAAAAAGACAAGUUUGAAAUUUACGGCUCAGCUGUUGUCGUUUCUUCCGGCGGCAUUGGAGGAAAUGUCGACGCCGUCAAGGCUGCAUGGCCUGUCGAGAGAUUAGGCCCCAAAAUCCCAGAGACCUUUGUCAUUGGUGUUCCUCAUCAUGUCGAUGGACGCAUGAUCGGCAUAUCCGAAGAGGCCGGUGCCAACGUCAUCAACCGCGACCGAAUGUGGCAUUAUACCGAGGGUCUCCAGAACUGGAACCCUAUCUGGCCGGAUCAUGGUAUCAGAGUCCUCCCUGCCCCUUCAUCUCUUUGGCUCGAUGCAACUGGCAAACGACUCCCACCAUUCCUCUACCCAGGUUCCGAUACCCUUGCGACGUUGAAGUAUAUCUGCAGCACAGGAUAUGACUACACCUGGUUCAUCCUCGACCAGAGCAUCAUUGCCCGCGAAUUUGCCCUCUCUGGCUCAGAGCAGAAUCCCGAUGUUACUAAUAAGAGCAUCUGGCUGCUUCUCACCCGCAUCUUUGGCAAGAAAGGCACCGUCCCCGUCCAGAACUUUCAAAAGCACGGCAAGGACUUCGUUGUGCGCGAUAAUCUGGAAGAUUUGGUAGUCGGUAUGAACGAGCUCGCCAAGAAACGGAAUGGUCCGCUACUGGAGUUUGACGCUAUCAAAGAGGUGAUCGAAACAAGAGACGGCCAGUUCAAUAACCCAUUCUCCAAAGACGCCCAAGCAAUGCUUAUCAACAACGCGCGAACAUACUGGGCGGAUCGCCGAAGCCGAGUUGCUCCACCUCAUAGACUCCUUGACAAGGCCCAUGGACCUUUGAUUGCUGUGCAGAUGAACAUUCUUACGCGCAAGACACUGGGUGGUAUUGAGACGAAUCUGGAUAGCAAUGUCAUGCGAGCAGACGGUACACCAUUCCCUGGAUUAUACGCAGCUGGUGAAGUUGCGGGCUUUGGUGGUGGAGGCGUUCAUGGGUACAAUUCUCUUGAAGGAACGUUUGUUGGAGGAUGUAUCUUCUCGGGGCGUGCUGCUGGAAGGGCUCUUGCUCGUGAGAUCUUGGGUGAGAAUGAUUCAGAUGGAGGAGAGCUGAAGAAGGUGAACUCUCGCCUUUGA